GAGGACUGGAGUGUGGACAGGGCGAGUUUGGAGCUGGCACGUGCUCUGGGUGCUGCUAGCGCAGCUCUCAGCGGCCGUCUCAGAGCCACUUGUGCUUUACCCGGACCCUGCUGGGAGCAGGCAGACGGGACAUUGCGCAGAGCCGCGUGCAGCAGUGCAGUUUGGGACACCUUCUGCUGCCGCAGCACCAGUGAGGGGAGCAGCUUCCCGACCUCAGCUCUCCCCAGCCCACCGCAGAGCCCGGGGCCAUGGACGUGCCAUCCGACUGGACCUGCCCCGUCUGCGGGCAAGCUCGGGAGGACGUGGCCUACGUGACCCCCUGCCAACACCGGCUCUGCUACGGCUGCGCCGUCUGGUGGGCCGAGAAGAAGCCGAGCUGUGCCGUGUGCGGGCACAAAAUCAUCGGCAUCCGCUACUCGGUGCGGGCGGACGACGAUUAUCUCGAGUGCUCCGUCCCGCAGCCCGCGGGACACUCAGACGGCGGCCCGCAGGACGAGCAGGGGCCUGCAGAGCCGGUGCUCAUCGCAGCCGAGCACGACUUCCCAGCCGAGGUCUGGGCCGCGUUUUUCGACCGGCAUCCCGAGGACCUCGCACCCCUGCUGCACUGGCUGCAGCAAGAGAUCCGGGAAAUGUCGAGCGACGACUGGUGGGAAGUGCAGGCGGGGCUGUGGGCCACCGUCAGCCUCCUCUGCCAGCACGGGCUCGACCGGGCGGCCUUGGUGCGGGAGCUGCAGCCCAUCACCGACGGCGACGCGACGCCCUUCGUACGGCGCCUCGUCGGCGUCGCCGCAGCCCUGUACGGCCCCCGGAUCCGCCGCCAGCCGGACCGGCGGGACCCUGCAGCCGGCCCCAGCGUCGGCGCCUCCCGCCGGGACCCUCCCGCCUCCGGCGCCGAGGAGCCGCUCGGCAGCUCCGCCGGGGGACCCGGGCACCCCGGCGCCGCCGCCGCGGCGGAGGAGCCGCGGGAAGAGCCGGGGCGGGCGGCGGCAGCGGGCCCUUCCGCCCGGAGCGGAGAGCGCUCGUGUGGGGGCCCCGGCGCGCCCCGAAGAGGAAGACCCGCAGCGGCCCCCAGGAUUCGCCCCCGCCCCGCAAGAGGCGGCCCCGACGGCGGCGCUAGGCCGGCAUCCGCUGCCAGCAGAGCAGCCUCCGCUGCUGGGGGCCGACAUCUGCCUCCCGGCCUGCUGCUGGGAGAGACAAUAAAAGCACGUCAAACGAAAAGAAAAGGCUCCGCGUUCUUGACGAGGCUGCCGGCGCUGCCGGCCCUACCCGUGCCGCUUUCUCCCCUUCUGGUCCCGUGGCAGCUGUAG